AUGAUGAGGGCCCGCGGGCUCAGAGCGCGCGACGUCGUUGAGCGUGGCCGAGCCGAGUCGCGGUUGAUGUCGGAGCCAGAAUUGGCGGACCGCAGGACAAUGCUGUCGCCAGACUUAUGGCGGGCGGGCGGCAGUGGUGGGGCGCAUGUCCACCACCACCACCUUAACCUGGGUAUACUUUACAAUGAUUGCGCUUUGCAACGAUGCCUUAACGACAUAAUGUGCAGUUCUGUAAAUUCAAUAUCACUGACACAUUGGCAUAGUUGUGAUAUGCUAGCGCAACGCGAGAUGAAAGAAACGAGGCGCGCGAACUGCAUAGCAGUGAUAGAAGGCCAUACCGGCCCCGGAAUAUGA